AUUUUAGAUACUUACACAUUGAGGUUACGUUGUAACGUAAGGUGGCGCUGCAAUUUUUGGAAGAAUUUUUUAUUUUUGCAAAGUUUUAUAUUGUGGAUCAUGAGUGCUGCCGAAAAAAGGAAAAGGGGUGCCAAUUUUACAACAAGUGAAACUAGAGUACUUCUAUCUAUAAUUACGGAAUUUACAGCGAUCAUGGAAAAUAAAAAAACUGGUGGUGUUUCUGUACAAGAAAAAAACAAGGCGUGGAGUAAAAUUACUGCGAAAUUUGAUGCAGCUUGCCUUGAAGGGAGGCAUCGAACAAUGGACUCCUUGAAAAAGCUAUUUGACAAUAAAAAAAGGGAGCUGCGGAAACCGAGGGCAGAAAUACUUGAAACUGAUGGUGGGCCUUCACAGAGAACUGUACCUUUUUCUGAGGAUCACAGACGUGAAAUCAAUAAUCAGUUUUGGGAACUAUCUUAUGCAGAAAGAAGAUCAUUUGUUUUAAGCUCUUGCGAACGUUUGGAAAUUAAGCGUCGAACAACAGAAAAGAAUGCUGAAUCAUAUGUUAGACAUAAUGUUUUCAAAUACACCUUCAAAGACAGCUCUGGGGUCAGAAAACAUGUGUGUAAACAUUUUUAUUUGACCACUCUCGGAUACAAACCAACCAAUGAUCGAUUCAUUUAUGAAGUUCUAUCAAAAACGCCAAAAGGAAGCAUAGUACCUUUAGAAGACCAACGAGGGAAAAGUCGGUCAGCAAACUUUAUUCAAAAAAAUGAGAUAGAUGCACAUAUUGAGUCUUAUAAUCCAGUUAGUUCACAUUACAGACGUGCACAUGCACCGAAUGUUCGAUAUCUCCCCAGCGAUAUAACUGUCAGAAGCAUGCAUGCUGAUUUUUUAGAAACAUUUCCUAAUAUUAAGGUGUCGUAUAAUAUAUAUAGAUGUCAGGUCAUCACUGAAUCAUCACAAUUGAUGGAAGAUGGGAAUCAAGAAAACAAUUCCAGGAGUAUGGCGCAACUAGCAGAUAUAUUAAGGGGAUGGAAGAAAGGGUCAGAUUUGAAAAAACCUGUUUCAGCACAAUUGAGGCGAUCUAUCAGUAAACCAGCACAAAGUGAUAAGGCUGAAAGCCAAGCAAGCCAACGCGCUAAUACCUGCAAGCCAUCAAAUCGUAGAAGACCUACUGAGACAGUCACAAGGUCACUGUCAUCAAACCAGCUCCCUGAAAGAUACAACUAGUUGGUUGAUAAAAAGAAUGUUAUUGCAGACCAUGCUCAGAAGAAGCUCGAACAAGAAUAGAACAUGCAUUAAGGAUACAAGCGUUAAAAUAUGAGAUAGAAAUUCAAAAGAGGCAAUUAGACUCACUAAGGCCCGAGGCAGAAUGACUCAUGAUUUCCAAGACUUUUUUAUUAAUGGUUUGUUCUUUCUUUUUGUAUUCUAUACCUGUUUUUUUUUUUGAAAAAUGAGAUUUAACUCUUAAGUACCAAAGUGUUAUUUUUGUUACAUAAGUACAGAUGUGACUAAGCUAGACCACAAC